AUGCCGGAGAGCAGCGGCGAGGGUUUAAGCAAACUUUUUAAAUUUUUCCUGGGAAAGCUGGUUCUGCCUGGUCUCUCCGCACUCCCGUUUCUCAAGGCACAGACAACUGUGUGCCUGGCCUCCCUUUCCCGAGCGUUUCCUCCUGCCGCUCUUCCGGGUGACCUCAUCCCUUUGUUUCUCCCCGGCUGUACCGUCGGCCCCGCCUCGUUCCUCUGCCCCGCCCCGCGCCACCGCCCCGACUCUGGGCGGAGCUUCGGACGCGGUGGGCGGGACCUGAUCGUGGAGCUCUGCUCGGACCGCACCGCCCCUCUUUUAAAGCCAGGCUUCGAGCAGCCGCAGCCGGCUUGCAGGGACUGGGCUCUCAGUCGUGUCAAGGUUACUCUGCGGGUUGAAAAAAACGAUGAGGACCAAAAGAUCGAACAAGAUGGCAUCAAACCUGAAGAUAAAGCCCAUAAGGCCGCGACCAAAGUUCAGGCUAGCUUCCGUGGACACAUAACAAAAAAGCUCAAAGGAGAGAAGAAGGGGGAUGCCCAAAGCUGCGGAGGCGGACAGCGAAUGAGAAGGAGGAAGCCCCCCGUGGCCGAUGGCGUGGAGAAGAAGGAGGGAGAAGGUCCCACUCCCACUGACGCGGUCCCUGCCUCCGGCCCCAAGCCUGAGGAAUCCGGCAAGGCAGGCGAAACUCCUUCGGAGGAGAAGAAGGGGGAGGGCGCCCCUGAUGCUGCCACAGAGCAGGCAGCCCCCCAGGCUCCUGCCCCCUCAGAGGAGAAGGCCGGCUCUGCUGAGACAGAAAGUGCCACUAAAGCUUCCACUGACAACUCGCCGUCCUCCAAGGCCGAAGACGCCCCAGCCAAGGAGGAGCCUAAACAAGCCGAUGUGCCUGCUGCUGUCACUGCUGCUGCUGCUGCCACCACCCCUGCUGCAGAGGAUGCCGCUGCCAAGGCAACAGCCCAGCCUCCUACGGAUUCUGUGGAGAGCAGCCAAGCCGAGGAGAAGAUAGAAGCUGUAGAUGAAACCAAACCUAAGGAAAGUGCCCGGCAGGAUGAGGGUAAAGGAGAAGAACGUGAGGCGGACCAAGAACAUGCCUGAACUUUAAGAAAUGGCUUUCCACGUCCCCACCCUCCCCUCUCCUGAGCCCUGUCUCUCCCCACCCUCUUCUCAACUCCACUCUGAAGUUUCCCUUCCUAUCCUGCUCACAUCCGUGAGUCUGUCCUCUCCUACCCGCUAGCCCUCUUUCUCUCUGUGUGGCAAACAUUUAAAAAAAAAAAAAAAAGCAGGAAAGAUCCCAAGUCAAACAGUGUGGCUUAAACAUUUUUUGUUUCUUGGUGUUGUUAUGGCGAGUUUUUGGUAAUGAUGAUCCAAUCAUUUUGGGAAAUUCUUGCACUGUAUCCAAGUUUUUUGAUCUGGUGCGUGUGGCCCUGUGGGAGUCCACUUUCCUCUCUAUCUCUCUCUGUUCCAAGUGUGUGUGCAAUGUUCCGUUCAUCUGAGGAGUCCAAAAUAUCGAGUGAAUUCAAAACCAUUUUUCUUUUCCUCCUUUAAAUGUGAUGGAAUGAACAAAAAGGAAAAAAAUCAAAAACCCAGUUUGUUUUGAAAAUAAAUAAAUAAACAAAUAAAUAAAUAAAACAAAUGUGCCAAUUAGCGUAACUUGCGGCUCUAAGGCUCCUUUUUCAAUCUGAAUAUUAAUAAAUCAUGAGAGUAAGCAAA